AUGACUAUUCGAUCUGCACCAUCGGUUCCAGAAGGAAUUUACACUCCUAUUCCUACAUUUUACAAGAGCCAGAAGUUUGCAGUUGAUUUCGAAACCACCGUUAAGCAUGCGCAAAUGUUGCACAAGGCUGGCAUCACUGGAUUGGUUGUUUCAGGAUCAAUGGGUGAGUCAACCAAUCUCACUCUUCAAGAAAGGUGCAACUCUUUGAAGUCAAUUCGCGAUGCCAUUCCUGACCCCAAUUUCAAAUUGAUUGCUGGUGUUCCACCAUCUAAUGUGGCAGAUGUGAUUGCAGAGUCGCAACUUGCUGCCGAUAACGGAGCAGACUUUUUGAUUGUCUUAGUUCCUGGAUAUUUCGGGCCAAAUUUAGUUAACCAGCAAGGGAUUGUGGAUUAUUUUCAGUACGUUGCAAGUGGAAGCGCACUCCCGAUAAUUAUCUACAACUAUCCAAACACUUGCAACAAUGUUAAUAUCAACAUUGAAACGUUCGCUACAUUGUCUCAGCAUCCCAACAUUGUCGGAGUCAAAUUGACCCACUACAAUUUUGACAUGUACACUUUGUUGGGUUACGACAGUUCUUUUGAGGCCAAUAACUUUAGAUCCUUUACUGGACUCGGACAAGUUUUGGUUCCUUCGCUAUCAGUAAACUUGUUCGGCACCAUUGACGGCUUGUCAGGAAUAUUCCCAAAAUCAAUGGUAAAGUUGUACCAACUUUAUAGGGCUGGUCAGUAUGAGGAGGCUGCAACUUUGCAGUUUUUGGUUACAAGAGUUGACUUGAUGAUCACCGAGUUGAACAUGUUGGGAGUGAAACACGCUUUAAACCUGAUAUAUGGUUUUGGUGAGUGCCUUUCAGGGAGACCACCAUUGAGUAAAGCUGUGAACCUCACUGCCUAUAACAAAUACGCUGAAGAUAUCAAGAGGUUGUUAGAUUACGAACAAAAACUCUAG